UGUUGGUGUCGGUGUUCCUGGCAAAACUGCUGAUGUGGUAUUGACAUUUCUCCCGAAGAGAGAUUCACCUCCCGUACAUGAGCUUCAAGGUGGUGUCGUCGACAACUAUCAAGGGCUCAGGCAGGUCCUCCGGCCGGGUGGCUCCGACAAUGCUCGGAGACACGAACUCGAUGAACAGCAUCUCGAACAUUCGGCGGACGGACUUGACGUGGGAGAUUGCAUACAAGUCGACCCGGACCUUCGACCCCGACUCGACCAAGAUGCAGCUGUGGCAUACGUUCUUGCUUGUCGUCGUGUUAUACGACGCAUGGAUCGUACCUUUGCUCACGUGCUUUGGCCAGCUCAACCCGGCAAUAUGCCAUGCAUCGUGGCUCCAAGUCGGCGUCACAGCAGGCGAAUUCUUCUUUCUUCUCGAUGUCUACGUUCAAAUGCACUCGCGGGUCUACCUCUUCGGGAAUCUCAUUCGAGACAUCAAGGUCAUACGACGUCUUUAUGUCGCGUCAUGGGGAUUUCCUCUGGACAUCGUUGCCCUCCUCCCGCUUGCAGCAUUCUUGCCAGCCUCUCUCGACCUGUGCGGUCUUGACUUGGUCAACAAACUGCUGCGGCUGCGAAAAGUGCAUGCGUACACGCUCAAAGUUGACAAGGUGUUUGCGCGGUACUACAAACUGUGUAAAGUUGUGAAAGCUGUGGUGGUGGUCUACUUUUCAUGCCACGUCAUGGCUUGCAUCUACGCAUCGUUUGGCAAAAAGGGCGAUCCGUCCACCGUGGACGACGCAUGGAAGCUCUACGACUCUUCAACGUCUGCGCACCACCGCCGGCGAUUGACUGCGUCGAUCCAAGACGGAGAAACGAAACAACUCUUGACCGAAUACUUUGCGUCCCUCUUCUGGGCAAUGGGGCUUGUGUGCAAGUGUGUUGAAGGACAAAUUCCCCGCACGUUGCUGCAAACGGUGUUCAUGCUGGCAGUCAUGGUGACGGGGUUUCUUUUGUUUGUGUACAUUUGUAGCACGCUCUUCAUGAUCUCGAAGUGCGAUGCCAACAGCACAGAAGUGUUUGACGCAAAGUUGAACCAACUCAAGUACAUCAUGUCAUUCCACCAAGUGCCCAUGGACAUUCAAGAUCGGGCCAUCGAGUAUUUGAAGAAUGGGUUCAAAAGCGGUGAAGCCAACGACCGCCAGACGCUCAAACUCCUUUGCCCGUCCAUUGCACAGGACAUCAAAUACGCAACACUCCAGUCGAUGGUCACGAGCGUCCCGUUUUUCAAGUAUUGCCGCGCCACGUUCGUCCGCGCCCUGAUCGACUUGAUGGAGACCCAGUCGGUCCCGACCAACUACAUCUUGUGCCGAAAAGGCGAAGUGGGGCAAGACAUGUACUUUGUUCAGUCCGGCGUCAUGGUCGUUAUUGUCGACAACGUCAAGGUGCGCGAGCUUCGUAGUGGCCAUUACUUUGGCGAACAAGCCAUCUUUAUCAACCAGAUUCGUAGCGCUACUGUUGUUGCGUCAACGUUUUGCAUGUUGCAAAAGCUGUCGCGGGCGCAUGUCCGCAUGGUCAUGCAGGGCUACCCAGAGUGCGAAGGUCAAAUUUUGGCGUGUGUGUCGACCAUCGCGGAGGAGCAACGGAAAGUGAGCAUGUUGAUUCAACAACGGUCAUUGUCGAAGUCUAUUGGAGUGGGGGCCGUUCGCGCCGACGACUCCUCGGCAUCCAAGGUACCCACGACGAAACAAGACGUGGUACAACGGCGAAUGAGUAAACGGUUUGUGGGGCCGAUCGGGGACAUCUCGGACUUCCAGCAUGACCAAUUGUCCACGCGCACCCACUCUGGACUGUACCGACUCCUCUUGAAGACACCCAUCCCCCGCAAGUCCACCGUUCGACUCGUGUGGCUCGUUGCUGUCAUGGCAACCACCGUCUACAACAUCGUCGUGGUUCCGUUUAUCAACGUGUUCGACCUCGUCGGCUAUCCCGUCUCCGUUUUCAUCCUCAACACCUUGACCGAUGUCGUGCUGUGGCUCGAUAUUUACGGCAAGUUCAACUUGACGUUUGUGCACGAAGCUGAACACGUCGCCGACACCAUCAAGUGCGCCAACCACUACUACGAGUCGGGUUUCGUGGUCGACUUGGUCUCGACAUUUCCACUGUGGAUUGUGUGUCCGUCGCUCCACAUCCCGCUGCGCGGGUUUCGCCUACUGAGGCUGCUGCACCUCCAUGCCGAGCUGGAAGAAAUGGGCUUAUUCGUCCGAAUCGAUAGUCGCAAGCGCAUAGUCUUGCUUGGGCUUGGCCUUGUCCUGUGUUAUCACAUUGCCGGUUGCAUGGCGCACUCGUUGACGUUCGCCCUCGGCUAUGGGGAUUCGAAUGACGGGUGGCUGCCGCCCAAGACCAUUCGCCUCGUGAAGAUUGUGGACAAUUCAACCGGCAACUUGGUUGGGUACGACUACAUGGAUGGUGCGCGGUUCGUGUCGUUGUCCGACCCCUUGGUCGGUGAAUGCAUCCUGCGGCAGUAUACACGCGCACUGCAGUAUGGCACCGUGUGCUUGACCGACCUUGGGCACAUUCUCGAGCCGGAGGCUCUCGAAGAGUUCGUGCUGGCGCUGGGCCUCAUGUUGAGCGGCAUGUUGCUGAUUUCGAUGCUCAUUGACGACGUCCAGAAGUGUGUGACUGCGUCUGCCGUCGAGCAAUUGCAGUUUAUGACACUGCGGUCGCGCAUGAUGCAAUUUUUCAACAAGGAAAAGAUACCCCACAAAAUUCGUCGGCGCGUGUCCGAAUACAUGGACUUUCGAUGGAGCGCCCAUCGCGGCGCCAACAUGAACACGUUGCUCGGUGAACUGCCCACCACAAUCCGACGCGACAUUUACGGCUUGAUCUGCGCCCCAUUUCUGGACGUGAUCGAGCUUUUUGACAACAUCGCGCCGCAUUUUGACCGAAUCUGCGAACUCAUUCUGGACAACCUUGUCGUCAAUUUGUACACGCAAGGGGAACUCGUUUACAAUAAAGGCGAGUAUGCUGAUGCACUCUAUGUUCUCGUGGCCGGAGAUGUCAUGGUGGUGUCGAAUACUGCUGCUCAGACGGCGUUGCCGCUGCGAUACGUCAAGAUCGGGGAAAUAUUUGGCUGCUCGAGUCUCGUCCUGGACGGUGAAUGUACGGUGCAUGCUGACAACGCCGUCGCUCGAGCUGCCUGCGUUGUCGCCCUGAUCAGCCGAGACACGCUGAAGGCAGCCGCUGCAGAGUAUUCAAACUUUUGCCAAGGUUUGCUCAAGAGGGAACAGAAACUACUCGCAGAGCACAGAGCCAUGACGCGGUUGCUCGACCAAGCAGAGUUGGCUGCGAUGUCCCAACGCAAGCCACGGGGCAUCCUCGACCCCGACUCGCUAUUCGUCAUCGCGUGGGACACGCUGCUCUUUUUCGUGCUGGCAACGCAAGUCGUGGCAAUUCCGUUCUUUUUGGCGUUUGGCUACGCGACGGUUGGCGCGACGUCCCGCAUCAUGUACUCGGUCAUAGUUGAAGUCGUUUUUGCCCUGGAUAUGGUGUUGAAGACUCGCACGGGGUACUAUUCGUUUGGAAACAAGGUGUCGGAUGCGGCGAAAAUUCGAUACAACUAUUUUCACUCGGCCGAGUUUGUCUGGAACGUGGUCGCGAUCUUGCCCGUGGACAUCGUUGCUCCUGGAUUCGAAACCCACCACUCCGAAGUGUGGCGUCUCCACAAGUUGGUGCGACUGUUCACGCUACCUGGGCAAAUUGAAAAGCUGGAGCACUACUUUUUCACCCACAGCAUUCCGAUUCGUGUGCUCAAGGUCGUCUUCUUUGUGUACUUGCUCGCCCAUUACGUUGGAUGUGCAUGGUACGGUUUUGCCAGCUUUGGUUGUACGAUCUGGGGCGACGAUGACUGUCCGUUUGGUAAAGAUGCAUGGCUCCCGAGUCAGGACAUUGCGUUGAAUCAUCCAGGCGUGUCCACGACGGUCAAGUACACGCGAGCGUUUUAUUGGGGACUUGGCCUCCUGCUUGGGUUCAACAAAGGCGACGUCCCAGCGACUCCAUGGGAAGCUGUCUUCACAAUCGUCGUCCAAACUGUGGGGGUGUUUUUGUUGGCUUAUGUCGUGGGCAAUUUGCUCGACGUCGCGCAAAUCAUGGACGGCAACAACCAGUUGUUCUACAGCAACUUGACGUACGUCCGCAAGCUCACGCGGUAUUUUGACUUCACCGACGACGUCCGGACCAAGAUCCAGCACUUUUACUUUUAUCGGUUGGCCCACAGCAUCCAUGAAGAGCAUGUCCUGACGAGUUCGCUUCCCCCAAACCUUGUCGGGGACAUCCGGCUUUUCCUGUUGACUCCCAUGUUGCGGAAGGUGCCCUUCUUUCACGACGAGAUCGACAGCGACUCGCAUGUCGCUCGCCUCCUCGUCCGGCACUUGGCCCAAUUGCUGGUGACGCGCCAUGAGAUUGUAUGCCGCCAGCACGACGUCGGGAUCGACAUGUACUUUGUCUUUGUCGGGUGUUUGAACGUGCUCGUGGCCCAAGUCGACAAGGACAUGUCCGCUGUCCGUCACAGUUCGAUCACGUUCGAGACAUCCCAAUUUGGUACCAAAGUCAACGAGCUCCACGCCGGGUCGUUCUUUGGCGAGCGUGCGUUGUUCUCGGACCAGCCGCGCACAGCGACCAUCCAAGCGAAAACGUUCUGUACGUUGUACAAACUGUCUCGGACGCACUUGGAAUCUGUCUUUGUCCAUUACCCGGCGUGGAAGGCCAAGGUCAUUCAAGUCGUCCAAGAGUACUACAGAAUCCGUCAAAUACAUGUUGAAUCCGUUGAGCCCAAAAGUCCAUCGGCGCAGCCACGUGGCGACGUCGACGCGGCAUUGUACCGACCGAUCCCAGUUGAGGGCACGUGCUUUCGACACAUCACUCAAACCAUCGCGUCCAGCUGGACAUGCCGGUUUGUGUCUCCAAACCAAGUGCUCGAGAACGUCGUGAAGGCGGUGACACAAAUCGAAGUCCAGUCGCCAUUCUACCGCGGAUUUUUGCAUCUCGUGCGGUGCACGCUGUUGUAUGUCGCCGUGCGAGAACCAUACAUGGUGGCGUUUGGCGCGGCGAUUACUCCGACUGUGGCUACAGCAGCAGUGUCGGGACUGGACACCGCUGCCACGGUCGUGUGUGUCCUUGACUUGUGGUUCAAGUGUCACAUUGUCGAAACUCCAGAAUCGUUUGAGUUUUACGAUCGAAUUCCGCGUCCGUCCCGAAUUGGCCUUGUCUUGGAUGUCCUUGUGGUUCUGCCGUUCGACCACAUUUUUGCUACCGUCGUGGUAAACCAAGGGGCGCCGCUGCGCCUACUUCGACUGCUCAAGCUGCGUCAACUAAAUCACGUGUACCGGGAGCUCGAACGCUUCAGCAUGUCCCACGAGCUCAACAAGAUCAAGUUGCUGGCAUUGUACUACUUCAUCAUUUGCUACUGGACUGCGUGUGCGUAUUAUGGCCUCGCUUGUACUGUUGGGUUCAGCAACGUUUGGGAGUCGUCGCUUCCCGUCGUCGACUUCGAGUCCACGGGCGUGUCCGGAGGUUUUGAUGCGCUCUUUACCAUGCACCAGUUUGCUCGAUGCAUGUACUACUCGCUGUGCAUGUACACGGGGGUCGGCAUGGUGUACGAGCCAACGGCGCAGUUGCAAUACGCAUUCAACUGCAUUGUGCACGUGUUUGGGAUCUUUGUCAUGGGCUACGUUAUUGGUGAAGGGUCGACGUUGUGCAUCUACUUGAUUCAGAACGAAGUCGACUUCAAAAUCAACCAAAUGCACGUGAUGGAGUACCUCGGUCGGAAGCAUUUGACCCGGCAACUCCACGUCCGCAUUCACAACUACCUGUCGUACUGGUGGUCGUUCCAACAAGGUGUCAACUACCAAGCCGUCCUCGAGCAGCUGCCGCCGCGCAUCCGUGGCCACGCUGUGUUUGAAAUUUCCCGGCGCAGUCUAUCACGCUUUUCGGUGCGAUACAUACGCCCUGCCGUCCAGCAGUGCGGAAUCGACUUAAUCAUUCACAAGCUCGUACGUCGCUUGGUCUUUCAAGGUUACCCUGCCGGCGAGACGGUGCUCAUCCAGGGCAACAUUGGUCACACAAUGUUCUUUGUCUCGAGCGGAACGGUCAUGACGGUGUCGACCGCCCCAAACUUCAAACCAUCGCGGUUCGAAGAGGGGCAGUUCUUUGGCGACGAAGGCUUGAUGGCCUCCGCCGUCCGUCAAUAUUCGGCCGUCACGCUACGAGCGUGCGACUUGCUGGCGCUGACGGCAGAAGAUUUCUUGGCAGCGAUGAACGAGAGCCCACGAACGGCAGAGUGCUGCAGGGUCGCGCAGAGUGUAGCCAAGUCCCAAAAGAGUUUGAAACACCGUUUGGCGCAGCAAAAGGGGUCGUUCGGCCGCAUGAUUUGCGACAGCAUGACGCACAUGGCGCCGACGCUGCGGUCGUUGAAGCCAAUGACGCCAGAAGUGGCGGAAAUCGUGCUGGGGCAAUUCGUCAAACUCUUCCUACCGUCGCCGCCGCCGAACGACGACUUGGGGACGUGCGUGGCCGACGCAACCACGAUUUGCCACCACUGCGAAUCCAUUGCGUCGGCAGUGUACUGUCGACUGUGUCAGCAAGCGUUGUGUGACAAGUGCUCGAGUCUCAUGCACGACGCCUCGCAUCUGUCAUUUCACCUGCCAAGUAUCGCAAGGCUCAGAGGAGCAGUCGAAAAAAGUCCUCCCGCGACGCUCUUGGCACCACGAUUGCGUCGGUUCGUGUCGUCCAUGGUGUUUCGCCGUCGCACCAAGACACGAUUCCAUGACAGGUCUACCACUGGUCUGGACAACAGUUCGUCUGUUUUGAGCGUCACCCGGCUGUCGAUGUCCACACCGAUGCCGUCGCAGCCCGAGAACGACACGUUGAAUGACAAGUUGUCGAGACGGGGCAAGUUUGGAAUCCACGUCAAGCGACUGGGUGCGUCGACGAGUUUUCAUGAUGGGUCAAGUGGACCCCCAGUGUCCAAGCUAACGCACACGAACUCCGAAGCAAGUCUUUUUGGGACAAUCCAUUCGCAGUCGACUCGAGGCGGACGUGGGCAAGUCGAUCGAAUGCAAUUUCGCGAUGCCUCCGUCGAGACGGCUGAAAAUGCGCCGCACACAACGCUCGAACCGUCCCACCGCCGCACCCAUUCGAAUGGGCUGAAAGUGAGCCACAGUUCCCCCAAGAUUCAAUUCCGUACGACAGACAACAGAAGGAAUGCUUCUGGCGGCAACGAUGACAUCCCCAACGACUCCACCGAACCAUUCCCUCCCGGAGAUGUCGAUUUAUCGAUGGACACGAGCACUCGGCGUGAUUUCAACGGCGUAUCCACGAAGCUCUCCAAGCUGGAGGAAGCGAUCGACGCAACGAUGUCGGUCGCUGCUGCGGACAGCAGGAAUUCGUUUACCUCGACGCGAGGAGGAAAACCAACUAAGGUGUCGACGUUGGACCAUGACGGCAACUAGGAGUCCACUCCAGACACUCUUUAACGGAUAUGACAUCGUUGAUUCUUGUGGUCGCAUCAUGCCACGGAGUGAUGACGCA